CAAAGCAGAUGGUUGCACGGACGGACUGCUGACGUUUCUACUCAACUUUAACUUAGGAGGCGGCGGAACGUACUAAGUACAGCUGGCUGUAGGGCCUCGCUGGAUUCCCUGAAAUCGCUGGCGUUGAUUGGGUGGUACAGCAGUCUCCACAUUACUCGCUCUGUGCGCCAGAGUGCACACUGGUUGGAGCCGGAGAGUGUCCCUUAUUACACUUAAAUGGAGGAUCGGCCCAGCGACCGGGCACACGAAAAACGCUACCACCAUGGAGGAGAGAGGAGCCCAAGUCGCACAAAAACAUCGCUGAAAAAUGAUCCAAGCCAGUGCCAGCUCCAGGAAACGCAGACGAAGAAAACAGGCAAUGGGAAAGUAAACGGAGGCGCUGCGGAGAGGGAGUGUGCCACGCUUUCUGCCAGCGAUUCCGUGGGUGUCGCCUAUCCCACCAACGGCAAUGGCCACCAGUCGCCGCUAGACUAUAACUGGAGGCCGAAGCAGUCUGGGAGGGCUCACUGCGCCGUCUCGAAGCUGGGCAGCCGAAGCCAUCGAAACGGUGUCAUGGACGGCAGGAGUGACCGUGCACCGGACCUCCUGGCCCUUGAGGGCAAGGAGCUGCCCGCCCUCCCGAACGGGGUCUCUCUGCCCCUGGGUCCCGGCUUCCUCACAAACGGUUACCCCGGCAACAAGCCGCUGGCGGGCCCCGACAACGACGGCAGCGGUUCGGAAAGCGGCUACGCCACGCCCAAGAAGCGCAAGGCCCUGCGCAACGGCGGGAGCAAGGGCGGGGCCCCCGCGGCCCACCCCCCCCGGGAGCCCCCCGCCCCCGAGCCGCCGGGGCCGGCCGCCAAGGCGGAGACGCGGACCAACAAGCCCCUGUCCGUCUCCACGGUGACCGCCGUCCCCACGACGACGCCGCCGCUGCCCACGGCGACGUGCGAGCCCCAGCGCAAGAACUUGGAGGCCAAGGCCACCGGUGCCUUCAGCAAGAAGCAGGACGAGAGACCCGGCAAGACGAAACCCAACGUCAGCGCCACCUCCAAGGAGAAGGAGGACCCCUGGACCCUGUUCAAGCCCCCGCCCGUCUUUCCUGUGGACAACAGCAGCGCCAAGAUUGUGCCCAAGAUUAGUUAUGCAAGCAAAGUCAAAGAGAACCUCAACAAGGCCGGAGGGGAGAGCGCGGCCCGCCCCGGCUCCCCCUCAGCCCAGCUCCCGGCUCCGGGGCGGCCCUCGCAGGUCCCCAUGUCCGCCAUGAAGACCAUCCGUUCCUCCGGCUUCGCCAACGGCUCGCUGUGCCCCGGAGAGGGGAACGCCUACUCCCUGUCCGGGACCCUGUUCGCCAGCACUGUCCCUCCGGAGGACGUAGCGCCCCCCGCAGAGGAGGGUGGGGGUGUGCCAAACUCCGCUUCCGCCCCCGCGUUGGUCGUGGGUGAGUCGAGGAAGCCCGGUUUUUUCGUUUACCCCCUCGCCCCUUCCUCAUCGAAUAUGCAACUUGCCCUUCCCAGCGGCCGGCAGGCUGACCCGCCCGCCUCCCCAACCCCUGCCCCCGACCCCUCCUCUGCCCCCGCCAAUCAAAAGGCCCUGGGGGACAUCUUUCAGAACCAGUGGGGCCUGUCCUUCAUCAACGAGCCCAGUGCGGGGCCCGAGGGGGGCGUGGGGGGGGUCGGGGUAGGGCGGCGGGUUUCCGGGAAGGGGAAAGUGCUGGAGGUGACCUUCCAGGGGGACUGCCCUGCCGCCCUGCCUGCCCCCCACGAGGCUCCCAAAGCCACGGCUCUCCCACCCAAAGCCCACGAGGUGGAGAAACGGACUACCCCCCAAAGCCACGGCAGUGUUUUAAAGGCAGGGCCGCCCCCUGCCCCGCCCCCCCUGAGGGACGGCACGCCCCCGGCGCCCGGGCCGGAUGGACAGAAGGACGAUGCCGAGGCCCGAAGCCUGGGUGCGUUAGUGUUCGCUUCCCCUAAAGACCCCCCCACCCCGACUGAACCCCCCCGGGAAUCACCACGGGCCCCCGCCCCUCCCAAGGGCCUGGACAGGGGCAGCUGGGGGCUGUUUGAUCUCAAAGCUGCUGUUAAUUAUCACACUAAAGAAAUGGAGUUUAUUUUGCAUUUGCAAAAACAAGAUCCAAAAAGAGUCGUCCUUUACGGCGAGUCCAAGGACGGGCCCAACCAAUGAGGGCGGGGCGCUGGGGGAGUCAUCACGCUGUGGCAGGAAGCCAUCCUGACGGUCGCUAUUCACUCCUUUCAACAAACCAAUCACAGUCCAAUCUAUCGAUUUCAGACUCGAAUCAAAAAUCCUCACUUGAGCAGUGGAGCUUCAAGGCUGGGGUGGUGAAAGAGACUACCCCUUCGGAAAUUCUGGAGAAGGGAAAGGUGUCGGGGUUGGCUCGUGGAGAGAGACUAGAGUUUUUAAGAGGGAGAACAUCCAUGGAAGGCCUCUCUGCAAUGGGGGCCAGGGUCGGUCGUGGAUCACCGGCCGGUCGGAGCAAUGGCUCUGGGUUGGUCAAAGGGCAGCAGCGGCUGUGACGACGACCCGCUCUGGCACAGAACGGACGCGGGGACCCCCGGAUACGGAGGACAGCGUGUGACCUGGGGGCGCGGGGUCCGGAAAGCGGGGAACGCCGAGGCCGGUGGGGGUACGAGCUGUGCUCCUCGUGUCCGGAGAGGAGGGAGAGGAGACGAGGUCACGGCCGUUACGGGACGCCUGCAUCGUUUCUUUAUCAAUUCAAGUUCACCGUCUAUAUCUGCCCGUUGCUUCAUGCAUCGAUAUACCUGAGCAAAUUUGAAUCCAUAACUGAAAGUACAAUUGUAAUGGACUUUUCUUUUUUUUUUGCUGAACGGAUGCCUUCAAACUGUACAAAAGGAGAAAUAUAAAAAAUAAAACUUAAAAAACCCUAAAGACAGAUGGGACGUGGAGGAACUGGGAGUCCUGCCUAAUCGCAGGUGAACUAGAACACAAGAUCUAAAUCUGAGCGGGGAGCAAGGCCGGCUGUCGGGCCUCGGGGGGAAGAGUUGUCUUAACUUUAUUUUGAGAAGAAAGAAAAAAAGGCUUUUGCGGACAGCAAUGCUUCCCGGCUUUGUUUAGGGGUUUCUUUGACAUUUUGUUUUCAUUUUGUUGUUUUUAUUCACUCUGUUCCACUAAACACUGAACACAAAAACCAAGUGGAAGGGGGAACAGCCGAGGGCAGGAAUCUGCCUCGUAAGAGCGGGGAUCCCAUCCGUAAGAGCGGGAUUCCGGCCUGUGUCACACAGGAGACCCCUCGUCCAGAGUGGUGGUUCACGGUGUUCUCAAAUCUGUCUUUGCUUUUUUUUUUUUUUUGUCUUUUUCUUUUCUUUCCCCCUCCCCCAUCUUCAACUUGUUUGUCUUUGCUAACCUAGGUUUCAAUAUUUCAUUUUCAGCCUACACCAGUGCAACAGUCGCUCGAAUGUGUUGCCACCUCUUAUCGAUUCCACACCUCCUUGGUUCCCAAAAUGGCGGUAGAGGAGGGUGAGGGUUUCUGGAUGGCGGGGACAUGUGCGUUUGUGCAUGCAUGUGUAUGUUUGAGAGAGUAGACGAAGGCUGUCAUUAUGUAAUCCUUUCAUUUCUUUAAAAACUUUUUCUUUUGUUUGAUUUUUAGUGGUCUCUAUAGAAUAUUCAUACGUUGUCAUACGGGUUUCGAGCCCCCUAAUUCAAGCAAAUUGCCCAUUUAAAUUUUAAAGAAUCUUGCAAGCAUGUGCGCACAGGUGCGCCUCCCAAAUUUAGCCAGGCUUGGUGUAAAGCUUUGCAAACAUUUGCAAAACCGCACGGUUCCUGACUGCUAGCUCAUUUCUUCUUCUUAGCCGAUUUUGCACAGUGAAGUGCUUGGUGGGAGAGUGAGGGUUCAGGCUCCAGGGGUCACUCGGUGUCACCGACGCCGCCAUGAUCCGAACCAGUCAUCGUGUUUAAGCAGUGAGGAGUUUCAGUUGGCCGCAGUGCUUUGGCCCAGCAUAGCCACCUCUUACGGUGGUCUCAAUCUGCCACCAUAACCGGUCCGGUCAGUCCUCAUUGCCAUUAAUACACCUUGGUUGUGUCUCUCAACAGCCAAACCAAGGUCCGCUUGCAGUGUCCAUAAUCAAAGGCUCGAUAAAGUUGCGUAAAGUGUGAACAGUGGUCUGGAAGCAGUGACUCGGUGCAAUAGCUGAUAGUUGCAAUGAUUGGAUAGAGGGCUGUUCCUGUAAAACGCAGUAAUGGCACGUAACACUUUUUUUACGAAGACUGUUUCUCUGUCGUAUUUGUUUCACCCCACCCAUGUUUUGAUGACACAUUAUUAGCACUUUAAAUAUAUAUAAACAUUUUAUUUUGAAAAUAAGUAUAUGAAAAUGAAUACAAUGCAGUGAAUAAAACACAAUAAAGCAUACUAACCCUGAAGCUGGCUUUGAGCAGUUUUUGUUUGCUGCUUCAAAGCUAGAGUUAAAAAAAUAAAAAAAAAUUAAAAAAUUAAAAAUAAAUAAAAAAAACCCUCCGCUACAAUUAGGAAGGUACGGCAUCAUGAUUGAUGCCACGGUUCGUAUUCAGUUCCAGGGGUGAAUUUCAGUGGUGAAUUGUGGAAACUGAGAAAUGAUUUUUUCCCCUUGGUCUGUGACACACACUAGCAAAAUGUUUAGCAGGGACGCUAUUAAAGCCGAUCCGGGGGAAACGGGCUUGUUACAACAGCUCCCAUUCAUUUAUCACCAUGUCCUUUCUGCCCAUAGCAAGCCCAUGCUGCAUUUCCAACUAUUUAUUGCUGCUUUCCUGCUGGAGUGACUGAGCCCCCCCCCCCCCUUGCAGAAUAGUGGAUGGAAAUGAGUGUGUUCCGUGUUUAACACUUCCAGGGCUGGGUCAGUGUGGGCUUUUUUGCAUUCAUUGAUUUGGAAAAAUUUGUCUUUUUUUUUUUUUCUUUUUCUUUUUUUUUUCCCACAGUGCAAUUGUCAAUCACUGUGGUAGCACGAUAUACCGUUUGAAAGCGUUAAAACUCACAGUUCUCACUGUAUGCCGUUGCUUUAGCGACAGCAGUUCCCUAUUUUGUAACGUGGGUGGCAACUCAAUUAUGGGGGGGACCCCGCCUUCUCUGCAUUUCGGAAAUCCACAGACUACACAAGUCAAGGUCAUGUCAGUGUCAUUUUCACAGCAAGGGUCCAGCGAAUGAAAUGCAUAAUGGUUUCUAAUUCUUAAAAAUGCGUAGUUCAUGUGUGCAAUGACGGGCGUUUCUUACAGUGGGCCUCUUGCUGUUCUUCGACUGUUUCUAUCCGUGCGGUGGUGACGUGAUCCGUUUUACGUUUCCGUCGGCUUUUACUCCGCAAGGUGUUGGCACCUUUUUCCAGAAGCUUCUCUUAAAGUGGGAAUUGCAGCGCCUCAUUAGAGUUGUGCUGUGAGGAUGGGAGGCGCAGUGGAGACCAUGAAGGAGAACUGCUAAUCAGUGGAGGGGCGUCAUACUCAACCAGCCCAGUGUCGAAAAGUAGAAAUGAAAACUAUCUCUCCAGUUCACUCUGUCGUUCUCUGUCCUCGUGCACACAAACGCUAGCACAGUCUCACGGAGUGCUGUAAUUCGGGCGUAGUGCUGUAAUUCGGGCCUGCUAGUUUCUUGCUCAUCGGUGUGGGAGAGCAAUUCUUGACCCUGUAAAUGGCUGCAGGUCUUCUGAGAGUUUUUUUUUUGGUUGGAAUCAGUGAGUUACUGACGAUACAUGAUGGGUUCACUCAGUUUGGUGUUCAAGCUCUCCCUUUACCAGGAGUUGUAGUCUAAUAUGGAGAUGAGGCUGGGAGAGGGACCCUGGGGAUUAAAAUACUGUGAAAUAUUACUAACAACCCCCCCCCCCCCCCCUUUGUUUUAGUUUUUUUUAAACAACAGCACUUAAUUCAGAUUUUAAGAUUAUUUUGUAUAUGCAGAUGGAAGAAAAUGUAUAUUUCUCCCUUUCUACACUGUAGUAGGGUCACAUAAAAACCAAAAACUGGUCCAGGAGAGUUACUUGGAUUUGUGUCUGUGUGGGGGUGAAAUGUGUUGUCUUAUUGGAAGAAAAUGUUGAGUGAGUCUCGUACCAUUUGCUUAACCUGCGGGACGUGAGUUUACCACAGAAGUGUUGACAUCGCUCUCAUCUAAGGAUGGGCCAGGGGAGGUUAGCGCUGGGUCAGGUCCUCCUAAGGGUUGGUCAGGGGAGGUUAGCGCUGGGUCAGGUCCUCCUAAGGGUUGGCCAGGGGAGGUUAGCGCUGGGUCAGGUCCUCCUAAUGGUUGGCCAGGGGAGGUUAGCGCUGGGUCAGGUCCUCCUAAGGGUUGGCCAGGGGAGGUUAGCGCUGGGUCAGGUCCUCCUAAGGGUUGGCCAGGGGAGGUUAGCGCUGGGUUAGGUCCCUCUGAGGAUGAUCCAGGGACAGGUCCUCCUAGGAAGGCUGGUGGACCUCCUGAGUAUGUUCUAAAAAUCAUGAUAUGCAAGCCUCCCAGUCUUUUAAUGGGGUGCCUGUGUUUCACAAAUGUUUAAUGCGAUCCACUUGAUAAUCACAAGAAAAUAAAUCUAUAUAUUUAUAUCACACUCAGUGGCCACUUUACUAGGUACAUCUAUCUAGCAUUGACUAGGCCUCCCUGCUGCCCCCAGAGCAGCCAGAGCUCUUCUUGGCGUGGAGUCAACAGGGUUCUGGAAACAUUCCUUCGGGAUUUUGCUUCUUCCUAACUUGAUGGCAUCACAGAGUUGCUGCACAUUUUUUGGCCACACAUUCAUGGGAAUCCCCUGGUGUACCCUGGUGCUCUUGUGGAUUGUGGUCUUGGUACUGUGCAGGUAAUUGGAGUAAACGGAAGUUACUGUCAUGUUCAUGCAACCGGCUUGAGAUGAUGCAUGCUUUCUGAAAAAGGGUAGAGUGUGGCCGUAAGUGGAUGCACAUGAUCAGUAAUGGUGCUUCGGUAUGCUGUGGCUUUCAAAUGAUGCUCAGUUGGUAUUAAUGGGACUAAUGUGUGCCAAGAAAGCACAGUUGUCCAGCUUUGAUGAUCAUGUGCCCACUGUAGCCUCAUCUUCCUGUUCUUAGCUGGCAGGAGUGGAAUCCGUGGUCUCCUGCUGCCCAUCCACUUCAAGUUUCGACACGUUGUGCUUUCAGAGAUGCCCUGUUAUAACUGUGGUCAACAGUUACUUAGGCACGUGUGGCCUUCUGUCGAAGUCUGCCCAUUUUCCUCUCAUUAACGAGGUGUAUUCACCUACUGAACAGUUUAUCAUCAUUUAUUCUCUGCGAACUGUAGAGACUGUAGUGCAUGGAGAUCUCAGGGGGGCAGCUGUUUCUGAGAUGCUGUUCCCGUCAUGGCUGGCUCCGACAAUGAUACCAAGGUCAAUGUUGCUUAGAUCAUGUCUCUUGUCCACUCUAAUGUUUGGUCAAAUCACAACUAAACCUCUUUGCCAUGCCUGCAUGCUUUAUAUAUGGAUGGAGUAGCCACAUGAUUCCCUGUUUGGAGGAGCGAGCUAUUGACAUUAAUGAUCAGGGGUGCGUAACAAAAGGGCCACUGUGUGUGUGUGUGUCUGUGUGUGUCUGUGUGUGUCUGUGUGUGUCUGUCUGUGUCUGUGUCUGUGUCUGUGUCUGUGUCUGUGUCUGUGUCUGUGUCUGUGUGAAUUUUUCAUUUAAUUUGUAUUUUUUUGAUCUUCUAUUGUUUUCUGCAAAUCUUCAUUUUGUGCCAUGGUUUGAAGGUUUAAUGAUGUAUUUACUAUUGGCUUUGAUGUCCAGUUUAGAUUUUUUUUUAGAUUUUUUUUGUUUUAUUAAUAUCUCUUUAACUGUUUCUGUGAUCCUGAUACAGCAGUAACAGGAUUCACUGAAAUCUUAAAUUGUUGCCGCUAAUAAAUGUUAGAAUUGAAUCCGUUUACUUUCAUCAGAGAUGCACCAUCACUUUUACAUGAGAACCUGGCUGUUCUAUCCAGCCUUUGGUUAAGAGCAGUCUAUCUCAAAUAUUACAUUGAGUUGAUUCAACACUCAUGUUGUUGUUCAUUUUUUUGUGUCAUACAUUAAGGAAGGUUGUGCUUGUAAAAUUUCUGAAUUGUCACUUUUUAUUUAUAUUUGACUUGGAUGCACAAUAUAGAUUUGACGUACACCGAUCAAGAUAAUAAUGGGGGAGACUACAGAUUUAUAUUUUCACACUUUUUCAUCAAAUGUUUAGAAUGAAAUGAUUAACGCUAAUGAUUAGUCAGUGUUAAUAAUAAAUAACUGUUAACACAUUUAAA